AGUUGUUCUAAUCCUGCAGUUGAGUAGUAAUGGGUAACCCUGAAUCUGAUAAUACGUUGAAGGAUUACUACAUUCCUGAUUACAUACUUGUACCUGAAUCAAAAGUCGAUGAAGCGUCCCAUAUACCAGCCUGUCCUGUGAUAGUAUUCAUCAAUUCUAAAAGUGGUGGGCAGCUUGGGGGAGAACUUCUGAAAACUUAUCAGACUCUUCUUAAUAAAAAUCAGGUUUUUGAUUUGGGAGAAAAGGCUCCUGACAAGGUGCUACACCAGCUUUACUUCAAUUUGGAGAAGUACAAGAAAAGAGAGGAUAACCUGGCCACUGAAAUUGAGAAGAGAUUGAAAAUAAUUGUUGCUGGUGGGGAUGGUACAGCCGGUUGGCUCCUUGGAGUAGUCUGUGAUCUCAAAUUACCUCGGUCACCACCAAUUGCUACAGUGCCAUUGGGAACUGGAAACAAUCUUCCAUUUGCGUUUGGCUGGGUAGGGAUUUAGUGUUAAUAUUUUAUGGUGUGAAACUUUAUUAGGCUCCGUUUGGAUAGAUAUGGAUUUCACAUCAAGAAAUUUGACCUUAAUCAUUGAAGGAUAAUAACUCAAUUUUAGAUAUGAUAGUGUACUUAUGAAUUUCAAGAUUGAGUUAAAUAGUUUUAUCACGAUGGAUUUGAAAUAACUAAAUAAAACUAAUUAUUUGAAAUUAUGCAAAGAAUUUUCUUUCUAGCUAUUUAUAUCUUUU